GCCCGAGGUAAAAAAAUUCACCCAGUUUGUCGACGGGGGCAUGAGGAAGCGAUUUGGCUCGGGAGAGCCCUGCUGGGACUCUGCCCCGCGCCCCGCGCUCUGGCAUUGCUUUCGCCACCUCUGGGUCCUGUGUUGCGGGGGUGCGCAAAGCGUGGCGGACGGAUCGCGGUUGAGGUCAUUCUGCGCCGGCGCAGCGGCACGGACGGGUCGGGCGGAGGGACACACGGCGCGGCCGAGCUCCGCACCGAGGGAAGAGGGAGGGAAACUCCAGAGACAAAGGGGGGGGAGCCAAGUCGGGAACAUCCGGGUCAUUCGCUGCCGCUUCAAUCCGGGACACGCGCGGGUGCUGCGGCCGAUCACGAGGGACUCUGAAUAUGUCUGGCAUAGCUCUUAGCAGACUUGCACAGGAGAGAAAAGCCUGGAGAAAAGAUCAUCCAUUUGGAUUUGUAGCAGUACCUACAAAAAAUCCAGAUGGCACAAUGAAUCUAAUGAACUGGGAAUGUGCUAUUCCAGGAAAGAAAGGGACACCAUGGGAAGGAGGCUUAUUUAAACUACGGAUGCUUUUCAAGGAUGACUACCCUUCUUCACCCCCAAAAUGUAAAUUUGAACCACCAUUAUUCCACCCAAACGUGUAUCCUUCAGGCACAGUGUGUCUCUCCAUCUUAGAGGAGGAUAAGGACUGGAGGCCAGCAAUCACAAUUAAACAGAUCUUGUUAGGAAUACAAGAACUUCUAAAUGAACCAAAUAUUCAAGACCCAGCUCAAGCAGAGGCUUACACAAUUUACUGCCAAAACAGAGUGGAAUAUGAAAAGAGGGUUCGAGCACAAGCCAAGAAGUUUGCACCAUCAUAAGCAUCUGUCAUGCAGCAUCUUAAAAAGGAAGGGAUUGGUUUGGCAAGAACUUGUUUACAAAACUUUUGCAAAAUCUAAUGUUGCUGUGUACAAUUAAUAUCCACUUAGGGGAGGGGGUUGUAUGUGUGCCAUUUUCCAUAUUCGCCACUUGUAUACAGUUCUAAAUUUGCUGAAUUGCCCCCAGUUUUUUCAUACAGGGUCUCUUCCUUCAGUCUUUUGUAUUUUUGAUUGUUAUGUAAAACUUGCUUUUAUUUUAAUAUUGAUGUCAGUAUUUCAACUGCUGUAAAAUUAUAAACUUUUAUACUUCUAUAAAUUCACUAGUAUCUCUAGUUACUUUGCUAUCUGAUGCAGGCAUGCUUUAAAAUGUUAGAACUAUAUUUAGCCUUUAGCUGGCUGUAUGAAAAAAAUCAUGCCCUCCACCCCCUUCCCUCCCUGAAUUUGUUUUUCUAUCUUUCAGAAACUAGGUUGUUAUUGCUUAAGAGCCUCUGAGAUCCAAAGUCAGCCAGCAUCCUUAUUCUGCAUCACUUCCUUUGUGUUUAUAUGGCGUUCUGUCUGUGUUGCUGUUUAGAGUAAAUAAACUGUUUAUAUAAA